CAAUCAUGGAGCGAGGUCACCAUGGCUUCUUCACUUCCUAUCUACUCGCUGCAAGAUGUCUCGCGGCAUAACACCUCGAAGGACCUCUGGGUCAUAAUCGACAAAGAAGUCUUUGAUCUCACUCUGUUCCAGGCAGAGCAUCCCGGGGGCGACAGGAUCCUGCGAAAGGUCGCCGGAAAAGAUGCAACGGACGAAUUCCUCCAGUAUCACAGUGCGUCGAUCCUCGCCCGUUAUCGCGAACGGUUGCAAGUCGGGGUGUUGACGGCGGAGACGCCGGAGCCAAAGAAGGGAUUUCUCAGCAGAUUAUUUAGCUCAUGA